GUCAGAAACCAACUGACUGAGCUGAGCCAUCUUGUUUUCACAACUGAAAAAGAUCGUUAGUAAAACGAACACUCUGCCAGGCUUAUUUAGUUUAUUUUGAAGCGAUUGACAUUAUUUGAUUUUAAUUUGACUCAUAUAAAUGGUUUCUUACAAUGAUAUCUUGAAAUUUGUUUACAGUUUACUUUUACAAGUUAAUAGAUUUCUUGUAUCGAGUGGUUUUCAUAAAGUAAACAUCUGCUAGUGAAUUUCAAAAACAUGGAAAGAAAUGCUUGUUUAGAGCUAGCCCUUGAAGGGGAGCGUUUGUGUAAAAAUGGUGACUUUAGUGGAGGUGUUGCGUUCUUUGAAGCAGCUAUCAGAGUUGGAACAGAUGAUUUAAAGACUCUUAGCGCCAUAUAUAGUCAACUAGGAAAUGCUUAUUUUUACUUGGGAGAUUAUACAAAAGCUAUGGAUUAUCACAGAUGUGAUUUAACUGUAGCAAGAGCUAUUGGAGAUGAAUUAGGAGAAGGAAAAGCUAGUGGAAAUUUAGGCAACACUUUGAAGGUCAUUGGAAAAUUUGAUGAAGCUGUAACGUGCUGUGAAAGGCACUUAACCAUUUCAAGAAAACUUAAAGAUAAAGUGGGAGAAGGAAGGGCACUUUACAAUUUAGGCAAUGUAUAUCAUGCAAAAGGAAAACGAUUUGCUUGUAUGGGACACCAGGAUCCAGGAGAAUUUCCUGAAGAGGUUAAGGCUUGCUUACAGAAAGCAGUUGAAAAUUAUGACCAGAGCUUAAAAAUAAUGACAGAGCUAGAAGAUAGAAGCGCACAAGGAAGAGCAUGUGGAAACUUGGGUAACACACACUAUCUGCUUGGAAAUUUUAAUGAGGCUAUUACUUACCACGAAGAGAGACUGAAAAUUGCUAAAGAGUUUGGUGAUUUAGCUGCUGAAAGGAGAGCGCACAAUAAUCUAGGAAAUGCUCAUAUAUUUUUAGGAGAAUUUGAAAUCGCUGCUGAUCAUUAUAAGAAAACUUUAAAUUUAGCCAUUGAGCUGAGAGACAAAGCUGUGGAAGCUCAAGCAUAUUAUAGUUUAGGAAAUACGUAUACAUUACUUCACGACUAUCCAACUGCCAUUGAAUAUCAUUUACGCCACUUAAAAAUUGCCCAGGAACUGAAUGAUAAAAUUGGUGAAGGAAGAGCUUAUUGGAGUCUAGGAAAUGCGCAUUCUGCCAUUGGAAAUCAAGAGCAAGCAUUAUGCUUUGCUAAUCGACAUCUUGAAAUUUCUAAAGAGAUUGGCGACCAUGCUGGUGAAAUAACUGCACAGCAUUGCAUAGCUGACUUGCAAAAAUCCCUUGUUACUCAGAAUGUUGCUGCCCUUUCUUGCAGCAAAAGCUCAUUAUCAAGCAAUUCUAGUGGAAGGAUGCGCCGUAUUAGUAUGGAACACAUGGAUAUACUAAAACUCACUCCAGAUGCAAAAGUGGCAAAGUCUUCUGUUGAAGAAAAAGAAAAGAAAUUAAAUGCUGUUUCUGAAAAGACUCAACCAAAGGUUUUGAUAAAAUCAGAAACAAGUAAUGAGCGACAGGAAGCCUCAAAAGAUGCAAAAAUAAGUCCUGUUAAUGAUUCAAAGGACUUAGAAGGUUCUAUGGAUGAAGAUUCUUUCUUUGAUCUUUUGAGCCGCUUCCAAAGUAAACGAAUGGACGAUCAGAGGUGUACUUUGGUGACAUCAGAAAACAAGGAAAAUAACCAAUUUCUUGGCAAUUUUCCUAAUAAUUUAGAAGCUUCCUCUUCUAAAAUAAAUAACCAACUCUUAAGUAAUUUUCCCCUCAACCUUCCUGCUCCUGUUAAUCAAGGCAAUAAAGCAACUAAUAUUGAUAAAGAAAACAAUAAAGUACACGAUGACUUAUUCGACCUUAUUGCCGGAAUGCAGAGUCGGAGACUAGAUGAACAAAGAGCUAGUUUGCCUCGUCUUCCAGGACUCAAUUACUUUUCAUUAAAUAAUGAAGUUAUUAGAAACAAUAAUAACUUCAAUAAUAAUAAUAAUACAAUUCCUCCUGGCCAAGGGCUUCAUCGACCUUCUAAUGAUGCUUCUGCUGUGCUGGAUGAUGAUUUCUUUGAGAUGCUUAUGAGAUGCCAAGACAGUAGAUUGGAAGACCAACGAAGCAGUAUGCCAGAUCCCAUGUACAGACCUCACCUGUAUUCCAUGACACAUUGCAAUGGCACUAACAGCCACACAGCUCCCACUGUCCCCGAUGAGGACUUCUUCAGUCUCAUAGUGCGACUGCAGGGUGGUCGCAUUGAGGAUCAACGAACAGCCAUGCCCUCCAAACCUCCCAAGGAGAAAGUUGAUAAAGCCAUUCCUAGCACUAGUUCUAGUGGUAAAAGCUCUGGAUCAUCAUCCAAGACAAGCUCUCUACGGUCAAGCUUCAAAUCUGCCAAGGGAUCUUUUAAACGUUGAUUUUUUCCUCUAGCUUAUUGACUUUUUGGACCAGCACAUUUUGAAUCAGCUUCAGUCGCUGCAACUGUGAUGGAAAGUGAAAUGGUAUUGUAGUUUGCAGGGCACGAGCAAGUGUGCUGUUUUAAGCCUGAUAAUUAAUGAGUUAUCAGUGUGCUGUAAACCAAAGAAUAUUUAUCUGUGGCAUAUUUUAAAUGGACUUACAAAAUGGGUAUUUUUAAGUUAUGGAUACUUGAUAUCUUGUUUUGCUGGAAUGCCCGAAUAUUGUCUAAAAGUGUAUGCAGCCAUUGCUAUUUAUUUUUUAAUAUUUUUAAAUAUCAUUUUUGAUUUUAGAUAGGUUAACAAUAAAUGUGAUUAUAAUUUAAUGCAUCCUAUACUUACGCUUUUUCUUUCAUUUUCAUGGUGCAUAAAUAGUUUCAGUAAAAUUUAUUGCACGAAGCGAAUGGAAUUGUUGCUGCAUUCUGUAUUUUUUAAGAAAUUAAAUUUUUUUAUUUUGGGAAUGCUAAUUAUUGUGGUUAUAUGGUUAAUUUUAAUCACUGAUUAUGGAAAAAAUGAAAAAGUUAGUUUGAAUUCUGAAAUGAAAACUGUCACUAGCAUGUGUAAAAUUUUACUUAAAAAAAAUAAGAUUUUUUUUUUUGUAUUUAUAUUAAUUGGAAACAAGAUUUUAAAAGACUAGGCUUUUCCUUCUAUAAAUUUCGAUAAUGCAUGCAUUAAUUAUAAUGAAGGUUUAAUCUAAAAUAGGACUUUAAAUCUAAAAUAUUGUGAUUCACUUAAAAUACUAUUUUAGAUAAUUCGUGACAAAUUUGUCUUUUGUUGUAACUUUAAAAAAAAAAAAAAAAGAAAACUAUUUGAUUGCCGCAAUUUUAUUUUUCAGAGUCAAUCCAUUAAAUGGUUAUUUUUAAGAGCUUUAAUAUUCUUCUUAAAUUUUAUAAAGUAGUAUUUUUAAUUAAUUGAUAAAUAAUUUUUCGUAAUUGUAUAAGUUUUUUAGAAAUGAUUUUAAUUAUUAUAUUUAAAUUGGAUAUUUUAUUGUAAAUCAUCCUGCCCACACGUAGUUUACCUUCUAAAUUAUGAUCUAAUUUAAAUGAGUUAUAAUAAUGUCAUUAUUAAAUUCGUUUAUAUACCAAUUGUCAAAAUUAAUAUCAUUUUUAACCUUUUAAGUUUUUGUCUUUUUUUAUAAUAUUUAUUUUAAGGAAUUUUUUGCUAUUCUCAAAGGACCAUUUAUCCUCGUGCAAUGAAUUUAAUUUAGUUCUCAGUUAAUAAUUGAGAUUUGAAUUUUCUCUUUAAACAUUAAUUCAUUCUUUUUAUAUCAUUGUUUCCUUCAUAAAUCUUUUCAAAAAUUAUUCUUGCUUAUACGUUAAAAAUGUUUCCUGCAAACAAAAGUACUUUUUAUUUUUAAAAAAAAACUUAAUUUGUGAUUUCAUUGUUUCAUGUAGCAUCAUAUUUUUCAUUUAUUUCAUUCACAUUAAUGUUCCAUUAGUCAUUUUAAAAUGACAAAAGGCCAGUUUUAUAUUUUAAUUUGCAUUUUAAUUUUUUUUAACCCUUUGAAGUCCAUUUUUUUUAAAAAAAAGGAUUUUUUUCUUCUAGGUCAGUUAUUUUUUAGACUGAUACAGUAUGCUUUAAAUAAAACAGGAAUAAAUAGCUAAACCAAUUUCAUAAAAUUAAUUAAUAUUGCGAUAUCUAUGUUGGACACAAACCCAGCUUAGGAUCACAACAUCAAAUUUAUAAUGCCAGUGUGAGUCUAACUAGGAUCACAGAGGGUUAAAAAAUAAUAAAGCUUUGUAUAUUGUUUCAUAUAUUUUAGCUCAAACUUAAGUACUUUUCUUCCUGUCUCAUAUCAUUUGUUAAUUCAAACACUUUUUUCAAAGGUGUGAUUGAUUAUAUGUGGUAUCAUAUUAUUGUUGCUCAAUUUUCGCUAAAUUUAAUGUUUACGUUUUAUUUUUAAAAAAUUAUAAUAAGGGAUGGCAAAUAUAUAUGAAAACUGCCAAAUUAUUAUAGAAGGAGCAGUGUGUUCUUUUUUGUCAUUGUAUCUAUACGAAACCGAAAAUAGUUGAACAAAGAAAUUUGUUUCUUUUAAAAAUGACACUGAUUUCGAAAGUAAUAAUUUUUGAAUGCACUUGAAAAUAUUUAUAUGUCGGUAUGAAUAUUUUUAUAAACAUGAGUUUCACCUACAUAUUUAUGUAUACUUUAAAAUUAGAUUAAUGAUUUUGUGGUCUCUUUAUUUGUUUAAUAAAACAAAUGCUUAUGGAAUUCUUAUUAAAAAAGAAACUGAAAAUUUCUUAAUGGUUUACGUUAAUAAAGAAAGCUCUCUGUAAUCAUUGUUUUUGAAAAUAUAUUUAGUUUCGAUUCAUAAAGGAAAGGAAACAGUGACGAUACAUAAAUAAUAUGGCAUUGUUCACAUUAUUUUAUCUGGAAUCUAUAAUUUGUAGAUUGCAUUAAAUCACAUGCCUAUGCGUGAUUACUUAAUAUGAGUUAUGAUGUUUUUUUUUAAAGUUUCUUUUUAUCAUUUAAGGUUGCUGCAUUGAAUUAUGUAUAUAACUUUGUAUAUAAUUUUAGUUUCAUUGACUGUUUAGUAAGCAUAAAUUUUUUUUAGUUCAUAAAUUUUUGGGUUGGAGCUUUUAGUUUUUUUUUUUUUUUGUUUUCUUUCUCCAACAUUGCAAAUAAUAUAUGAUUUAUCUGAGUCAGACCAGAUUCUAGUCUUGAGAUCGGAUUAGAACUUCCAGGAUUAGGAUACGUUGUAUGAAUCACGGUACUUUAAAUAUACUUUAAUAUUGAAUAUGCCAAUUAUUUAGUUUUGUAAGCACCUUAUACAAAGAUGGAAUUAUUAUUUUAAGACUUUGCUUGAGUUUCAAGCAAUAAUUAGCACCAUACGAUACAGGGGACAAUUAUUGAACUGUAUGAAAAAUAAACCUUGAUAACUUUUAAACUGCUAACAACAUUCAGUUGAAAUUUGCGGUUUGACUUGUAUUGUUUAUCAUUCUUCAGCAAGAAUGACAAAAUAUGGCAAUUCUGAAAAUCAUCGAUCUUACGAUUUCUCAGCCAGUUUUGUAGAAGUUUGAUUUUUACCUUAGCCAUCUCAUGGGCAUUGGCUAUAAACAAGCAAUGAUGUAUGAAUCACAGUACCUUAAUAUUAAUUGUAUCAAUUAUUUAAUUUUUUAAAUACCCUAUACUAAGGACGAAUUACUGUUACUUUAAGACUUUGCUAACAAUAAUUAGCACCAUAAGAUACAGGGUGACAAUUAGUGAACUAUACGAAAAAUAAACCUUGAUAACUUUUGAAGUGUUAACAACAUUCAGUUGAAAUUUGGCUGUUGACUGCAGAUUAUGUUGGAAUUUUUUUGAACUUCUUUUGUUUAUCAUUUUUCAACGAGUUUUGCAGAAGUCUGAUUUUUAUCUUAGCCAACUCAUGGCCAUUGGUGAUAAACAUAUCAAAGAUGCCGUCAACUAAAUCUGAAUAUCUAGCUAAUUUGAAGGUUUGUGUAAAAUUGUUGAACUAAGUAGUUUCUGAAUUUACAUUUUAGCUUAUUGAUAGCCAUCCUGUAAAAAUAAUUUUAAUUUUGUGACUUGCUUUUAUUAAUAAUUAGUUUUUUAAUCAUAAUUAGUUUAAGUUGGUAAAUGAACUUGUAUGUUACUUUAUGUUGGAUGUUUUAAGUUUACUUUUCGGUUAAGUAAUGUAAAAAAGUAUUUCACGGUGGUAACUUUUGCUUCAAUAAAUUAAGUAUGAGAAGUGAUGGAUGAUUUAAGGAAAUUUAUCAGCUAUGAGGUAAAUCACUUUCUUGUAACCUCGUAACGUCUUAUGGCAUUUGACCCCAAAUAAAUGCCCAUUAUUUUUUUUUGUCAACAGCAUUUUAUUUGUUUUAAACUGGUAUGUUUUAACUGUGAAUAUAUUUCUGAGAUCUUAUUUAAUUCUAAUUUUGCAAAUGAAUUUAGUCUAUAUUAUUUAUAUGAAGCUACGUUUUAACGGUCAUUAAUUAUUUCAAAAAGGGACAUAUAUGUUUAUUAGUGAUUUUUUAAUUGCCAAAGUCUGAAAGUUAUGAAAUAAUAUAACAUCAUGAUGAGGAUCAUAUAUAUAUAUAUAUAUAUAUAUAUAUAUAUAUACAUACAUACAUACAGCUGCUAACUGUUCCGAUUAUUUAGCCUUGUUCCGAAAAUACGAUUUUAGGUUAAAAUAUUUGAUUUUUCGGCCUUUUCCACUCCUUAUGCCGAUUUUCUUUCAUCCCAGGGCAGAUCUAAAAAUUAGAAGCAGGGUAUGUUAUUUCCCCGCGAAUAUCGCAGAAUUCCGCAUAUCUCAAUACCAUUGGUUAGUAGACUUCCUCGAAUCUAAAACUUAUAAUCAGACGAAAUUUUGAAACUUAUGCUAAAUCUCGUUAACGAGAUAUUCACAUACAUGUCAUACUUCCGCCAAUUUGAUUCCUUUAGUUCGGAAUCUGCUAAUAUCGCGAUUCUUAUUUACGCGAUUUUAAAAUCGUACAUCGCGAUUCCCAUUCACUCAAUUUAAAAAUCCAAUAUCUUAAUUUUUGUUUGCGCGUUUUUAAAAUCCAAUAUCGAUAUUCGUAUUCACGCGAGUUUAAAAUCCAAUAUUGCGAUUCGUAUACAUGCAGUUAUAUCAAGCAUCGAUUUUCGCAUUUAUGCGUUAUUUAAAAACUACGCAUUGCGAUUCGUAUUUACGCGAUCUAAAAAUUAUGCAUUUUGAUUCAUAUUUACGCGAAUUAAAUAUUCAAUAUCGCAAUAUUUGUAUUUGAAAUCCAAUAUCGCGAUUUAUAUUCAAUUUAAUUUAAAAUCCAACAUCGCGAUUCAUAUUCGUGUAAUUUUAAAAUCCAACAUCGCGAUUCGUAUUCACGCAUUUUAAAAUGCGACAUCGCGAAUCGUAUUCACGCGACUUUAAAAUACAGAAUUGAAUUUUCUUGAAUUAGUUACUCUAAAGGUGUGAUAUUCGUCAUUAGUAAGUAAUUUAAUUAAAGCUGUUAGCUCAAAAAAUUAUGUUAAAUAUGAAACGUGUAUGGAUUAUCAAUUGAUGUUUUGAUAUUUUGCUUUUCACUUUGUAAAAUAAUUGCUUUUGAUUGGCUUAUCAUGCUUUGUGUUCCUAUUUUUUUUGAACAAGUUGGCGGCUGUGUAAUUAUAUAGUAUAGAGAGAUCUAUAUAAUGCAAUUCUAUAAAUCUAGAUUCUCUAUAAACCAUCCUUAGUGGGUGUAAACAACAAAAUUUUCAGUUUAAAAAAAAUUUAUAUAUCGAAGCAAUAAUUAUUUAUUUUUGCAUUAUUUGUUUAAUUAAAUUAUCUGCUAAGAGGUUGAAAUUUCAAAAAGUAAAGGAAUUAAAAUUUAUUAAUUUGUUGGCUACUGAUUCUGAAACUGCAGAAAAAUUAAAUUCUUUUCUGCAAAUAAUAAAUACUUAAGUGCAUAUUUUGUGUUUUUAAGUAUUUGUAUUCUAAAAAUUAUUUUAAAAUUUAUCUAUUCCAAACUAAAAUUGCCAUAUUUAAUAGAUAAGUGAAAUGAUCUAUUUAAUAUAAAAUUAGAUAAAACUCAAAGGCCCCAGGUUUCAAGGUUUGUGUUAACUGUAUGUGUGUAUAUAUAUAUUCAUUCAUUUUACUUUUGAAAUUUGCUUUCAUAUCUGAUAGCAGCUUUUAUCAUUUUAUAGUGUACAAUAUAAUAUGCACAAUUUUGUUUUGUAUCUUUUUUUCUUUCAUGUGUAAAUACAUUUUGCUUUAUAUACAGUUUAUUUUUAUAUUAGCUUUUUUGUUGUUGUAUAAAUUUGACUGAGAAUGAAUAGUGAUGAAAGGAUUUGAAAUAUAAUAUCUCUAACGUUGUUUUUCCUUCUUGUUGGAAGGUUAUAACUAAGUGUAUUUAUUUCAACGUUCUCAUGCUCAAACUUUGUGGUCCAAAAAAAUUAAUUUUUUUUAGAAGAAAAAGCUAUAAUAAAAAUUGUUUUGACUUGUUUGAUUUAAUUGUAUGAAGUAUAUUUCUGUAAUGUUUUUGGUGCUUCUUAUCUCAAGUCUAAGUCAAGAUCACAAAUAAAGAAUUUGAGAAAUA